GAGCUCGAGGCGAUUAGAAUACGGAGAGCGGCUUAGAUGAUCUCAUAAAGCUGAAUGGAAAUUGAACUGAGCUGGAGUUUUCAUUACGAGGGGCCGCAUCGAAUAUGUUCGAUGGAAAAGUGUUCUCCUUUGUGGGUGAAGUGUGUUGUAAAACGUCUAGGCAUCGGAACGCCGACUGUCGAUAAGCGAUCGCCAACUCGUUAGGUUGCUAGAAAAGGGAAAAUCGCGAUCCAAGUUGUUGCAUCUAUAAACGCUGCUGGCUGGCUGUGAAGGCCUUGUGAGUCGCGUUUGGAAAAGCGGCUUCACUAGUCGCGUAAGUGAGUUCGAUGCGGUUGCAAGUGCAUUCAUACGACGAUCGAGUGGUGAUAGCUAAGUGUGGAUUGAGUUUCAAAUAGUGGAUGCAAUGUCGAGCGUCGUUGAGCUGGAGGAUGUUGGAGAACAGCGGAAGCUGCUGGACCACAUGGUCCUCGAGUUCAGGAAUAUCAGCAUCAAGGGUGUGCUGAAAGGGGACAAGCGGCGAACCAUUUUGGAGAAUGUUUCCGGCAGGUUCACGCCCGGGAGACUUGUGGCCGUGCUCGGACCUUCUGGUGCGGGGAAGUCCUCUCUGCUGAACAUUCUGUCCGGAUUCAAGAAAAACGGGGUCAUCGGAACCGUAACGAUCAACGGUGAAACGAUGAGCGACGAAUCGUUCCGAACCAAGUGCGUCUACAUCUCCCAGGAUUACGACCUGAUGGACCACCUAACAGUCCGCGAGAUUAUGGACUACGCCGCCGAGCUGAAAAUGCCUGUCUCCAGUUCGCAAAUGGUUCGGAUGAAGAAAGUGAACGACAUCCUGGACGUUCUGGGACUGCAACACAGCAAGUCCACCCUAGUCAAGAACCUGUCCGGAGGGGAGAAGAAACGGCUCUCGAUCGGUAUGGAGCUGAUUACCAAUCCGCCAAUUAUUCUCCUAGACGAGCCGACCAGUGGACUGGAUAGUGUCUCGGCGAUGCAAUUAGUGACAUACGUCAAGACGCUGGCGCAGGAAGGCCGGACGAUCGUUAGUGUGAUUCAUCAACCGGCUUCCAGUUUGUUUCAACUGUUCGACGAUGUAUUCCUGCUGUCGAACGGAAAGUGCAUCUAUAGUGGACCGAUUGGCGAACUGGUGCACAGCUUGGCCGAAGCCGGAUUCCACUGCCCCAAGUACUACAAUCGGGCUGAUUUCGCACUGGAAAUAGCAUCCAUGUCCAGCUGCCCGGGAAUCGAGCUUCUAACGUUGCGGUUCAACAACGGCGACUCCCAAGGACGAAAGUCCAUCGGCGAUGACGGAAACUAUCGGAACAGUAUCCUAACGCCAUACCGGAACACCUGUCUGACCAGUAAAUCGCGACGACCACGCUAUCCGGUUCCCCAGUGGAAACAGUUCUCCGUACUGCUGCGACGGUCACUUCGAUCGACAUCUAGAGAUUUUUUCUUUGCUCAACUCCGAGUCAUUGCUCACAUCGUAGUCGGAUUCCUGCUGGGAGUGGUGUUCUAUAACACCGGGAAGGACGCAUCCACCGUCAUGACCAAUUCUGCGGGUUUGUUUUUCUUCCACAUCUUCAUCUUCUUCGGAAACUCUAUGCCGUGUACAGUAACAUUCCCUUCGGAGGCGAAGAUCUUCGUUCGAGAACAUCUCAACAAUUGGUACUCGCUGGAAGCCUACUACCUGGCCAAAUUCUUCGCCGACAUUCCAUUGCAACUGAUCUGUCCAACGCUGUUCGUCGUCAUCGGAUACUUCCUGACCGGCCAACCCAUGGAACCGAUGCGAUUCGGAAUGUUUUGGGCCAUGUGUCUGCUGUUGGGGAUCUUCGCUCAAACCGUUGGACUGCUGUCGGGUGCAGCAUUUGACAUCCAGAUGGCGACGUUCUUUGUGCCUAGUUUGAGCAUUCCGGCUAUGCUGUUUUCGGGAUAUUUCAUCAAAUCGUACGAGAUGUUGGAGUUCUUGCAACCAGUGUCGUAUACGUCGUUUUUCCGGUAUACUAUGCAAGGGUCGUUGCAAGCUAUUUAUGGGUACAAUCGAACGGACUUCCCUUGCUCACAGAUCAUGUGUUACUAUAAUAGACCUACCAAGUUUUUAAAGUUUAUGGACACUGCGGAAACUGGAUUUGAGAUUAAUGUUUACGUGAUGUUGGGAUUUAUUGCUCUCUUUCAGGUGAUAUUGUACAUAUGUUUAAGAAGACGGUUGAAGAUCUUUCAAUAAAUCUGUUGGUGUUUUGUUAUA